AUGGAAGUUCCCAAGUUUAUUCUUGUUUUGCUAUUUGCAGCAACCUUUGCUUGGAGUCGAGCACAGUUAGAAGGGAUGCCAAGCUUAAAGCAAGGGAACUCCUUGAAAGUUGAGGAAGAGAGCAACUUCUUGGUUUCACCAAAUGGAACCUUUUCGAGCGGAUUUUACAAAGUUGGCGCCAAUGCCUCCUGUUAUUCAAUAUGGUUCACAAAUAGUGCCGACAAAACAGUUGUCUGGAUGCCUAAUCGAGAUAAGCCUGUCAGCGAAAGACGCUCGAAGCUAACCCUCCAUGGAAAUGGCAACCUAGUUUUGACUGAUGCACUAGGUUCGGUUGUGUGGUCAACCAACACAAUCUCUAAGGAAGACAUGGAACUUCAGCUUCUUGAAACAGGAAACUUGGUGCUGAGUAACCAAGACGACAGGAUCAUCUGGCAGAGUUUUGAUUCUCCAACGGAUACACUUCUGCCAUCUCAGCCACUCACCAAGAACACAACCUUAGUGUCCAUGAGAGGCCAAGGUACAUACUUAUCUGGAUUCUAUAACUUCAAGUUCGAUGAUAACAGUAUCUUGUUUCUCAUCUACAAUGGCCCUCUACUUUCUAGUGUUUAUUGGCCCCAGAUUGUUUCAACUGUUUUUGAAAGUGGUAGAAAUCCUUACAACAGCUCUAGAGUGGCAAUUUUAGAUGUGGCUGGACAAUUUAUAUCUAGUGACAAUAUGCAGUUCUAUGCAUCUGACUAUGGGGUUGGUCCAAAGCGGCGUUUAACAAUGGAUUAUGAUGGCAUCGUAAGAUUGUACAGUCUUGAUGACUCAACUGGGAAUUGGAAACUGUCAUGGUUGCCUGAUGGUGUCGAUGCAUGCCUGGUUCAGGGCUUGUGUGGUGAAUAUGGUAUUUGUACAUACAAACCACUACCUACUUGUACUUGCCCUUCAGGGUUUUCCCUAAACGAUCCUCAGACUGGUCCAAAGGCUGCUCACCUCCCUUCAAUUUGA